AUGACAGAGGAAGAGUACACCAACCAGCUGCUGAAGUUCAACCAGACGAAGGAAGCUAUCGAAAAGAAGAAACAGAAAAUCAAGUGUUGGCUCGCUUAUCGGCAGAAGAAGGUCCCCGACUUAGGGAAAGUCAAGGAUUCGCUCCCUGACACCAACGAUCCCGCAAUCAUCAUGCUGGCGUGGCUUACUGGCACCAGCAUUUCAAAACCUCGGCUUCCAAUUGCCUACAACAUGUGGGGGCAUGUCAACAAGCAGAAAAUCAAUGACACGUACACCAACACACACAUUUACAAGCCGCUGCCAAAGAAUCUGCAGACUGGUGGCUACCACUUUUAUCUAUAA